CUCGCGAUAACAAGCCGAUAUGACCGCAUAUGUCCCCACGAGGUGCGGGAGCUUUCGCUGCGACAUGACGAGAGCAUCUGCAUCACCUCGUGAAGACUGCCAUCUUGCAUGCGCGCCAGGCUGAUCCUCGCAAGCAUUCGAAGCUUCUACUCUUGGAGCUCCUUACACAGCCCCGACGAUCACGCUGCAGACAACGAUACACACAAGAUGGAGGAGCAAGUGGCACGUCUGGUCGACAAAGUAUGGGACAAGGUACAGGAUGUGCCAGCGAGCAAGAGAUACAUGGUGGCAGUGAGCGGGAUACCGGGUUCCGGCAAGACAACAUUGGCAGCCAAAGUUGCAGACGCUCUUAAUGAACGCUAUCGCUCCGAGACCGCCGCCCGCACGGCCAACUCCCUCCUCGCGACUUUCCUGCCCAUGGAUGGCUACCACCUCACGCGCGCUCAGCUCUCCGCCCUUCCCAAUCCAGCCAAUGCUCACGCCCGUCGAGGCGCAGCCUUCACAUUCGAUGCUCCCGCUUUCCUCGCUCUCGUGAAAAAGCUUCGCGAACCCAUCUGCCCCGAGACUGGCACAAUUUACGCGCCGAGCUUCGAUCAUGCAGUGAAAGAUCCAGUGCCAGAUGAUAUCCCGAUUCGAAAAGAGAGUCGAGUGCUGGUCAUGGAGGGCAACUAUCUGAGUUUGGGAGAAGGCGAGUGGAAAGAGGCGGCCGAGUUGAUGGACGAGCUGUGGUUUGUGGAGGUGGAUGAGAAGGUCGCGAGAAAGAGGUUGAUAAAGAGGCAUGUCGAGGCAGGGAUUGCGAGCAAUGACGAAGAGGCGGGGAGGAGAGCGGACGAAAACGACUUGGUCAAUGGGAAGGAGAUUAUCGAAAAGCGGUUGCCGGUGCAUGAGGUGAUCGUCAGUGAAGAGGAUGAGCGGUGGAAGCCGGAGGCGCAGGGUGUGUAAGAGCUCUACAUUCUUCGCUACAAUAAGAGCUACGUCCGACCAUUCGGCUGAAUCGCCUCAAGAAUGUCCAUGACCAGUAUCGGAGUUCGAGACAAGUUCGUCGCACUGAGAAGGCGUGAAACAGCGAUGCACGUAGCCGUGCGGAAUUUUCUGCGAGUUCUCUCGCUGUUCGAGUUGUCAAUGCAUUGGCAAGGCAAGUACUCCUACCCACUCUCAACACGCGUUUGGUCGCGUCCUUUGCCACAUCCACCUCUCAAAACACUCCGCCAG